CCGCCCUCGCCCUCACUCUCGCUCCCCCUCCUCCUCGCCGCGGCCGAGUUGGCCAUGGUAGACAUAUACCCCGGGCUCGUGCCUGGCGAGCGCGAGAGCGGCGUUGAAUGCAGCGCCGAGAGGGCGGAUGUCGUGGGGUGGUUGUGGGAUUUUGGCGGGGUAAUGGUGCGGGGGUGUGAGGGCUGAGAAGAGGGCGAGGGGGGUUGUGUGGUGGUGCUCGUUGAGGUGGUUGUGGAUUGCUUUUUUGUGGGUUGGAAGGAGGAGCGGGCGCGGAAGGCAGCGAGGAAGUUGGAGAGGAAGGGGCGAGGGGGGUGCUGGGUUGGGGAAGGCAUGGUGGGUGGUGAAGCCAGUUUGGAAGGUGUGAUGGUGGUUGGCCAGGUGAGGCCGGUAUGGGAAGGUGCGAAGGUGGCUGUGCUUGGUUUCGUUCUCGGUCGUGGCUUCCUUUCACAAGAGGGAAGGUCGUGGCUUCCUCUUAUGUCAGACCCGAUAAACGAGUCGUCCUUUCCGUUCAGCGCAGUAUGAGUUUGUGUCGGUGCUGUUCAACUUGUGGACGUCGGUGGAUUUUAACACCUACGCGCUCAAUACCGAUCAGCAGUCGGUCUCGUCGUCUUCAAAGCGUUGGCUGUGUGCUAUAUCGUCACCACACGGGGACUGAAUAGUCGCGCGGGGAAAAAUGGAUCGCGGGGUCGAGUUUGCGGGGAAAUGGGAAAUGGGAAAUGGGCGUCUUAUCUCGGGGGAUAGCGACGGGGGAUCUCGAUGUAUUUUAUGGAUGGUCGUCCCCCCUCUCUGGUUGACCGACAGGUCGCCCGCCUAGCCGCGGAAAGUUGGAUGAGUGAGCGACCGCGGUUGUGCCGUGUGAGUGACGUGAGGAGCGAUCUCCGUGGACAGUCGAGGGGUGGUGAUGGUGUUGUCGAAUCAGGAGGAGAGGAUUUGCAGGCAGCGCUCCGAGAUCUGCCGAGGGCGACGGGAUGGGAUUGUACUGUGCCCAGGAUGUUGGUUAAAGGAUCGGUGAUGUAACUCUUGGGGACAGACACUAAGAGUUAUAAGGGACGAGCUGCGGGUUUAUAGAAGUAAGAAGCUGGCGGAAGCAGUGACGGUGAUUGUGAAGAGAAGAGAUAACAGUUGUCGUGGUCUUGACGCUGGUUUUUCUCGUUAUCAGAUUCCUGUUAUGCCCGAUGCGAAAGUACUGUAACUUAGAGCAAGUACCUCUGGACUGGUUUUGUAUGAGAGGGUACAACGAACUGCCACUAUCUGUCUGAGAUAUUCAAUCAAGCAGCUGUUAUGACUUGUUUGGCACAACAUCAACACAGAAUGAACAGUAUAUGUGCAAUUAAAGACAAAAUGAAGUUGUACAUAUUUAAAUAUACCACACAAAACGAAGAAGACCAGCGAUCAAGACAGCAGCUCACACAUCACUCACGGAACAUCCCGGCUAUCCUCUUGUUUUCGGUCACGUGAUGUUUGCGAAUAACUCUGGGCAAAUCUACAAUUGACCAGAGCAAGCUCCGACUCGCACCAAACCCCCCAAUUGAAACCUCCACAUACGCCUCCGCGCAACCUAAUCGCAUACAAUGGCUGGGACUACCGCCCCGUGGGCGUCGCAGAAGGCGUACCGCACUUACCGCUCCGCUUAUGGCCCUAAGUACAAGAUCCAGCCAAACAUUGGCGGCUGGACCGUCAAGGCGACGACGAAGCUUGGCAUGACUCUUGCCGGCUUCGGCGCCUCCGCUGGCCUCUUCGCCCUCUUCUUCUUCGGCGAGGUGCCGAUUGUGCGCAAGGAUAUUCUCUCGAAGGUGCCUUUCAUCGGACAAAGGUUCAUCAGGGAGAUUCCGGCUUCGGACAACGUAUGUGAUGUCCCUGCUUGUGUGGUGGGUGAUAUGGGCACGACACGGAAUACUAACUAUGAGGUAGCCUUUCUAAUCGACCUGCUCGAUUCGAAUGGGGAUGUUGGUUGGGAUAGAAGAGGAGGAUGGGAGAAGGGAGAGGAGACGAGAGAGAUGUUUGGAAAGUGUAUAUUACGCGCUAUAUAA